GAGCCGAGAGGAAGCGGGACGUAGCAAGAGAAACUUAUUGAGAGUUAAGCUAUCUGGUAAAACAAACGGGCCAGGCUGGACAUCGUCGGAUUUUCUACUAAAAAACGGAAUGAAGUGGCGGGCGGGUUUUGUUGUUUAUGUAACUCGUGUCGCGAGCACAGUCCGUCAGCGUCCGUUCGUCGCCGAUCGAGCAAGGACCUGACGGGUCUCGAUCGUUCUCGAUAUUCACGCGAUCGACGAACACGUUUCUUCGCUCUAACCGUCGCGUCUGACUCUUCCCCCUCUUCCACUCGUCGGCUCCGCGACUUUUCUUUUCCAUAUUUCUCGAUCGAUCGCGGGUGAAUUGAUCGUGGUCGCGGCGAAACAUCAACGAUCGGCCGCCGUACGGUACCCAACGCCCGGAGGAUCAUGGACGACGAGAAGAUCAAGCUAUUCGAGGACAAAGCAGUGUACGGGUACGGAACGAGCAUUCCGCCCAAUAACAAUGAAGUGGAGGACAACGAGGUAUCGUCGCCGAGGAAGGUGAUCUUCUGCGUUCACGGGAAGCUUUCAGGAUGCUGCACGGUGGUCAGGGGCUCGACUAGCGACGAAAAUCAAGGUGGCGAUUAUCAAAAGAAUCCCUCUCCCAUAACGGAAGACCAUUGUCACAGAGAAAGGGACGAAGAGAUCGACAAAAAAGCAAAAAAGAAAUUACUACUCGCCAGCGCGUUAUGCGUUAUUUUUAUGAUAGCGGAAAUCGUAGGAGGAAUAUUGUCCAACAGUUUAGCGAUCGCGACGGACGCUGCUCAUUUGUUGACCGACUUCGCGUCGUUCAUGAUCUCGUUGUUCUCGAUAUGGGUCGCGAGUCGACCACCGACGAGAAAGAUGCCCUUUGGAUGGUACAGGGCGGAGGUUAUAGGUGCCUUGACGUCGGUUUUACUGAUAUGGGUUGUCACCGGUAUCCUGUUCUACCUGGCGGUAGAAAGGAUCAUUCACAAGGAUUUCGAGCUGGAUGCCGUCGCGAUGCUGAUCUCGUCUGCCGUUGGCGUUGCGGUAAAUCUAGUAAUGGGUUUGUCGUUGCACCAACAUGGCCACGGGCACAGCCAUGAACACGGGCACGGAUCGCAUAAGUCAAGCGUGGAAGACCUAACCCACGAAAAGAAGAAUAUCAACGUGCGCGCCGCUUUUAUCCACGUUGUGGGAGACUUUAUCCAAAGCAUAGGAGUCUUCAUCGCGGCGCUGAUCAUUUAUUUCGAGAAGAGCUGGAGCAUAGUCGACCCGAUCUGCACUUUCCUAUUUUCAAUACUAGUGAUAUUAACCACCGUCGCUAUAAUCAAAGACGUGAUGAACGUUCUGAUGGAAGGAAUGCCAAGAGGAUUCGAUUAUUCCCAAGUGGAGAGUACGUUUAUGCAAAUCGAUGGUGUCGUGAAGGUGCAUAAUCUUCGAAUUUGGGCUCUCUCGUUGGAUAAAACCGCGUUAUCGGCCCAUCUCGCGAUAAAACCGGGUACAAGUCCACACGAUAUACUACGCACAGCAACGAGAAACAUUCACGAUGAGUACAGAUUUUUUGAAAUGACGCUCCAAAUAGAAGAAUUCGAUGUACGAAUGGAGAAUUGUAAACAGUGCAAGGCCUUGUCGCAAUAAUCGCUCAUCACUUUUGGGCUUUCGCUUUUGGCGUACACGUGCGACGAAUCGCAUAAUGGCUAAAUGAUUACAUCACGAGACUCGAAAAGUUUGCGAGUGAAAAACUCCUCCAAACGUGAGGCACGAGCUUUUUUUUAUACAGACGCGUCAUCCGCGAGAAUGACGCCAGGGCGUCGCUUAUUUAACGACCGUAAGAAGGAAGAAAAAUGGAACUUUUACAAGGCAAAAGGAAUCCUUACGAACCAACAGUCGUUAAUGUCAUUUAAAAAGCGCUUAUCGAUUACUUUAUCAAAUAAAUUUUAUUUUUAAUCAAUUAAUUUUAAAGCCAACACGCGUUAUUGUGAUUAUUUAUUUUAACAGUGACCUUCAGUGAGGCGAUCGAAUACGAAAACUGUACAUUGAAGCGAGAUAAAUCACCGAGUACGUAGUUCACGUCGAAAUUGUGGAGCUAUCGACGUGUAUAAUGUUGAAACAUUGGUAUGAAAAGCAAAUGUUUUGUCAUUGAAUUCUGUCAUUUUUCGAAAGACCACCCGUUCUCCUUCGGAAAAAAGAAAAAUUGCUGCUCUCGACAUAUACAGUCAAACAAUGUAUAGUAGUCAAAUAAAUUGUUCAUUUUAAUUUGAA